UGGGGCUCAUCCUCGUCAGCAUGACGGCGUCUCCCGACUACCUGGUCAUCCUGUUUGGGACCACAGCUGGAGCUCACGGGCCCCGGCUGGGCUCCGAUGAGAGAGAGCUGAUCCAGCUGCUCUGGAAGGUGGUCGAUCUAGCCAAUAAAAAGGUGGGAAGUCUUCAUGAAGUGUUGGUCGGACCCGAUCACUUGGAGCUGACCGACGAGUGCAAAGAAGAAACCCCCCACAUCACCGAGGAUAGCUUGAGACUCGCCCCGCAAUUGGAGCAAGCUCUGAGACAGUUUAACCAGUCUGUGAGCAAUGAACUAAAUAUUGGAGUAGGUACUUCUUUCUGUCUCUGCACCGAUGGGCAGCUUCAUAUCAGGCAGGUUCUGCAUCCUGAAGCUUCCAAAAAGAAUAUCUUGUUGCCCGAAUGUUUCUACUCCUUUUUUGAUCUGCGAAAAGAAUUCAAGAAAUGUUGUCCUGGCUCACCUGACGUUGACAAGUUGGAUGCUGAAGCCAUGUCAGAAUAUCUGAAUCUUGACAAGAACAGUUCAACACAGCAUUUCGGAGUGUCUCAGGUGGAAGACAUGGGCAACAUCAUUUUAACACUAAUUUCGGAACCAUACAAUCACAAGUUUUCAGAUCCAGAAAGGGUGAACUACAAAUUUGAAAGUGGAACCUGCAGCAAGAUGGAACUUGUAGACGAUAACACCAUAAUUCGGGCAAGAGGUUUACCGUGGCAGUCAUCGGACCAAGACAUUGCUAGGUUCUUCAAAGGACUAAAUAUUGCAAAAGGAGGGGCUGCACUUUGUCUCAAUGCCCAAGGCAGGAGGAAUGGAGAAGCUCUUGUCAGGUUUGUAAGUGAAGAGCACCGAGAUCUAGCGCUGCAAAGACACAAGCAUCACAUGGGCAACCGGUACAUCGAGGUGUACAAAGCAACAGGCGAGGAUUUCCUGAAAAUAGCUGGAGGCACAUCCAAUGAAGUAGCUCAGUUCCUGUCUAAAGAGAACCAAGUGAUUGUCCGGAUGCGGGGUCUCCCAUUCAAUGUAACGACAGAAGAAGUAUUAGCAUUUUUUGGCCAGCAUUGCCCUGUGACAGGGGGAAAAGAAGGAAUCCUGUUUGUGACGUAUCCUGACAACAGGCCCACAGGGGAUGCCUUUGUGUUGUUUGCCUGUGAAGAAUAUGCACAGAAUGCGUUGAAAAAGCACAAGGACUUGUUGGGUAAAAGGUACAUAGAACUCUUCAGGAGUACAGCAGCUGAGGUCCAGCAGGUACUGAACAGGUAUUCAUCUGCUCCUCUCAUUCCUCUCCCAAAUCCACCUAUCCUUCCUGUGCUACCUCAGCAAUUUGUCCCUCCCACCAACGUCCGGGACUGCAUACGACUGCGUGGCCUUCCCUAUGCUGCCACUAUAGAUGACAUUUUGGGAUUCCUGGGAGAGUUUUCUGCCGAUAUCAGGACUCAUGGGGUUCACAUGGUAUUAAAUCACCAGGGUCGCCCUUCUGGAGAUGCUUUUAUCCAAAUGAAGUCUUCAGACCGAGCAUUUAUGGCUGCUCAGAAGUGCCAUAAGAAAACGAUGAAGGACAGAUACAUUGAAGUCUUUCAGUGUUCUGCUGAGGAGAUGAACUUUGUAUUAAUGGGGGGCACUUUAAAUCGAAAUGGCUUAUCCCCACCACCAUGUAAGUUACCAUGCAUUUCCCCGCCUUCCUACUCGUUUCCAGCUCCUGCAGCAGUGAUCCCGACCGAAGCAGCCCUCUACCAGCCUUCUGUGCUCCUCAGUCCACGGACACUUCAGCCUUCCACGGCGUACUACCCAGCUGGCACUCAGCUCUUCAUGAACUACACAGCAUAUUACCCUAGUAUGCAGCAGAGAAUGGAUCUGUACACACAGAUGAGUCGGCCAGGUCAGUGCCCAAAGAAUGGCUUUGUCUUUAAAGGUCCGAGCAGUUAGAUUUUCUAAACCAAGGUUCCACCUGACUUCCUGCACAACUUCAACCAGCCAAAUGGAGAACCCUCUUAUCACGCCCCUGAUACUACAGUGGCUGAAACCGUCUCUCUCUUGCACGCGCAAGCACACACACACAAGUGGCCACUGUCUUGGAUAUCUGCCUGUGUUCUGGGGGCUUUGUGCAUUUUCUUUAAGUAACAAAAGCACAUGCACGCUUGACCACAGGGUUGCUUCUCUGUUAACCCACAACCCCACCCUCCUCCCUGCAAUGCAAACUUGCCAUUAAAGCUUUGGGGACAUUCAUUACUAGAGAGCACAGUUGCCAAAUUCACAAGGAAGGAAUAUUGUUGGGUUUCUUUUCUCCUUUAUUCAAAAUGUUAAAUUAUUAUCCUGUCACACAAAGGACCUACUUGAGAUUAGGACACUGGUGAAAUCCGUUGAAACAGCAUGCCAUGACAAACAACGCUUUCUUUUUUUAUUUGCACAAAAAUGAUUUUUUU